AAUGCACUGGAUUUCACCCUCAUCUGUCACCCCCCAAAAAUCUCAAUUGGCCCCAAAACGACUUCUGGCCGCCUUCCCUCCCUCCCUCCCUCCCUCUUAAGGCUCUACCCCUCCUAGUAGCAUGUGGACAACAUGCAACGUUGAUUUUUGGCAUGCGCGCCAUCCGAUUCAAUCCCUUUUUGGUCUGAUAAUCAAUGAUUCGACGAUGAUGGACGGCCGCGAUUGUGCGUGCACACCGAAAGGCUGAUGCCAGAACGUUUCGAUUAAUGAUUUAAUUGUUGGUUUUUGUGUGUAAUAAUGGCGAGGAGAGGAAGUGGAAGGUGCCGAGUGUGACUGCUUCUGUGCAUUUCCAUAGUCGUAGGAGGUUGGAAGGAGGAUGGGGGAGGAGGGAUGCAUUGACCCGAGAUUUAGAUGACCUUGAAAUCUCCGAAACCAAGCGCCAUCUUGUCUCUCUCUGGGGGUUUUAUUGAUCUAAUUCUUACUUCACUAUUAAUCAUUCAACAACGCAUCGACGAUUUCAUCUUGGAUUCGUAAAACUGUCUUGUGGACACUGGGGGAAAAGGAACUCAGAUCAGUUUCGAAGCCGAUUGGUAGUGCCAUUUAAGAAUAUCCCGCUGAGGAUUUAAGUGGAUGUUUUAUUUUUCUGGAGACCCAAAUCAGGCCAAGCGUUUCUGUCCGUUUAUUUCUGGGAGCAGAAUCGAUUGAGCCAUUAGAAAUUCAGAAGAAUCAAGAAAAAGGAGUGAAGGUGUUUGAAUUAAAAGUUCGUCUCUGAGAUCAUUGAAGAUGUCUGGAGUUGAAGAUCAGAUAAAGAUCAAGUUUCGGUUGACCGAUGGAUCUGAUAUCGGCCCCAAAAGCUUCCCUGCAGCAACAAGUGUUGCAACCUUGAAGGAAAGCAUCCUGGCUCAAUGGCCUAAAGAGAAGGAGAAUGGGCCAAGGACUGUGAAAGAUGUCAAGUUAAUAAGCGCAGGAAAAAUAUUGGAGAACAAUAGAAUGGCAGGAGAGUGCAGGAGCCCAUUAUGUGAUAUUCCUGGGGGAGUUACAACAAUGCAUGUCGUUGUUCAACCACAAUCUUUGGAGAAAGAAAAGAAAGCGUCAAACCCACCAAAGCAGAGCAAGUGUGUUUGUGUGAUAUUGUAAAUUGCAACUUCCACUGGUAAUAGCAUCAUAUAAAGGCAUUGCCAUACAGAUAAAAAGAUUGCUGGGUGUGGAUUGAUCUUGAAGUUGGUAAAAUUGCUGGCAGACAAGAAAGCUUUUGGCGGAUGUGCAUAUCGUAGAUCACAUUUGGGUGCCGUUCCGUUCCUCUCUCUUACAGCUGUUGUUUUUUUGCAUCAAUUUGUUACAUUCUCUUUCUUCCUUUGAUUGUUUGGCUGAUUAGAAUUGCCAUUUACACAUUUAUAUCCCAAUGUGUACUCAUGUUUAAAAUCCGUCACUUCAAAUAAUAUAAUUGGUGGUUGCACA